CUCUUUUUCUUUGCUCACAUUACCCACCCCUGGCAAAGCUUUUGUGCUCUUCCUUUCUCUUUCACUCUUCUAGCUCUCGCUUACUCGGCCCAAAAAAACAAAAAAACUUUUUUUUAUAUUCGCCUCCAUUCCCUUCCUUUCUGUCCCUUCUCUCUCACUCCCAUCUCUCCUCAUAAAAUUGCCCUUUCUCUCUCCUCAACUCCCCCUUUUGCUCAACAACAACAACAAGCGUCCAUUACUCCUCUCUCUUUUCUUUACACAUACUUGACCAAAUUCCUUUUUUCUCUUUCUUGCUUCUCGUUUUCCAGACACAGCAACAACAGCAACCAUCAUCAUCAUCAUCAUUAUCAUCAUCAUCACAUAUCCAUAAUACAUGACUACCAUGGACUCGUCACCGUCAACUACAACUGCAUCGUCAUCACCAGCACCCACUACAACCACAGCAGACAGCUGCUCCCUAGACAAUAGCAUCAAUGACCAACAACGUGGCAUGAAACGCAAGCGCAUUUCCUCGUGCAUCAUUCUCAUGCCCGAGCAGAAACAACAGCUACAGCAACGGAUUGAACAGCACAAGAACAAGAGCGUCCGAUUCAUGGACCAUCCCACCAUUGAAUACACUUACUCUGCCGACGAAUACGACCGAGGCGGUCUCUUUGAUCAUGUCACCUUGUACAAGUUUAAUCCACCACCACCAGUAGCACCGCCAAAACUUUCGGUCAACAUUCCUCCCUUUGUUCUCCGGCGUGACCAUGAUGACGAUCAAGACAGUGCAUCGAGCACCGAGCCCAGUCCCGAUACACCCAGCGACCACGAUGCCACCGCUGCUGUUGUCUGUGGCUCGUUGCAGUCAUCACCCACUCCAUUUCUUCCUCCACAACGACGGUCCAAACAGGAUCGUCCCAAAUUGUCUGUCGACACCAGUAUCUGCGCUGGUCCGCUCUUCUUUACAAAGUUGUCGACAAACCAUCGUUCUGCCUCGUCGUCUUCUUUUUCUUUAUCCAAUAAGCUGGCAACAUUAGUAGACAACAACGGCGACGAUGAUAGUAACAGUAACAGUAACAGUAACAGUAAUAGUAGUAGUAGUAAUCAUAGUUUCCUUGUACCUAUGUCCGCUCUACCUGUUUAGAUAUACACACAGUGCCAUAUUAUUUUAUAUAGAAAGAAAACAACAACGCGUUCUUUUUCUUUUUCAUAUAAUCCGCCUCUCUUUUCUCUCGCCCACAUCCCCCUAUUACAAUCGCCCUACUACUAUAACUACUACUAC